AAUGAGCGUCCAAGAUGUCAGCGUACAUGCGGCUCAAGUCACUGAGUCGCCUGUUCACUGGAGGCGGUAGGUUUCGCUGUCCUUCUUCCACUGCGGUCCCCAGCCAUGCUGCGGUUGGCAAUAAACCUGGGGCAACUGCUGCCGCUUGUUUAAUAAAGCGGUUGCACUCAGGUGCGCCUGAGCGUUUGCUGGGCUGCAGUCAGUGCUGGUCGGUAACCAGGGUGACCAGUGCGGCCUGCGGCAGUGGCAUCGCUCCUGGUACUCGUUUCCAGCAGACUCGAAGCUUCCAGGAUUUCAGUGAGAGGAGCGGAGGUAAUUCGAUUCACUCCGGGGAUGAUGGUGUGGAAGGUGGAGCGGGAGAUGGUGAGGAAGGAGCUGCAGGUAUGGCUCCUGCCAUGACAGCGCUGUCUCCCAUGAUCGUGCCAGAUGUUUUCCCCAAUGUUCCCUUGAUCGCAGUCACCAGGAAUCCAGUGUUUCCCAGAUUUAUUAAAAUUAUCGAGGUCAAAAAUAAAAAGUUGAUGGAACUGCUUCGAAGGAAAGUGCGUUUGGCUCUGCCAUAUGCAGGAGUAUUUCUUAAAAAAGAUGACAACAAUGAAUCUGAUGUAGUUGAAAGUUUGGGUGAUGUUUACCAAACGGGAACAUUCGUUCAGAUCCAUGAGAUGCAGGAUUUGGGAGACAGACUGCGCAUGAUUGUAAUGGGACAUAGAAGAAUCCAGUUAACCAAGCAGCUGGAAGUAGAGGCUGAUGAAUCAGUACCUGGGGAAUUUGAGCAGAAUCAACCAACUCAGGAGAAGCAAAAGCCUGACAGAAUAGAUAGAACCAAUGGCCAAAGUUCAGAGAUGUCCUUAAAUACGGAAUCACAUCUACCCCCAAUGGGUGAAGUUCUAAUGGUAGAGGUGGAAAAUGUUUCCCAUGAAGAUUUUCAGGUUACUGAAGAGGUCAAAGCACUUACAGCAGAAGUUGUGAAAACUAUACGUGAUAUCAUUGCCCUGAAUCCACUCUACAGAGAAUCAGUACUUCAGAUGAUGCAGGCAGGACAAAGGGUAGUGGACAACCCAAUUUAUUUAAGUGACAUGGGAGCCGCUCUCACAGGUGCAGAAUCACAUGAACUACAAGAAGUUCUGGAGGAGACCAACAUUCCAAAGCGACUCUAUAAGGCAUUGUCUCUGUUGAAAAAAGAGUUUGAAUUGAGCAAGCUUCAGCAGCGUCUUGGGAGAGAGGUCGAAGAGAAAAUCAAGCAGACUCAUCGUAAGUACUUGCUUCAAGAGCAGCUCAAGAUUAUUAAAAAGGAGCUGGGGCUGGAGAAGGAAGAUAAAGAUGCCAUUGAGGAGAAGUUUCGAGAAAGGCUGAAGGAAUUGGUUGUUCCAAAGCAUGUCAUGGAGGUUAUUGAUGAAGAACUGAACAAACUCAACUUGCUUGAUAAUCAUUCCUCUGAGUUCAAUGUAACUCGAAAUUACUUGGACUGGCUGACAACAAUGCCUUGGGGAAAAUGCAGUGAGGAAAAUGUGGAUCUGAAACGAGCACAGGAGGUGCUGGAAGAAGAUCAUUAUGGCAUGGAAGAGGUCAAAAAACGCAUCCUGGAAUUUAUUGCAGUUAGCCAACUACGUGGAACUACUCAAGGGAAGAUUCUGUGCUUCUAUGGACCUCCUGGUGUUGGCAAAACCAGCAUUGCUCGAUCUAUAGCAAGAGCAUUGAAUAGAGAAUAUUUCCGAUUCAGUGUUGGAGGAAUGACUGAUGUAGCGGAAAUCAAGGGUCACAGGAGGACAUAUGUUGGAGCAAUGCCUGGAAAAAUCAUUCAGUGUCUAAAGAAAACAAAAACUGAAAAUCCAUUGGUUCUUAUCGAUGAGAUUGAUAAAAUUGGUCGUGGUUAUCAAGGGGAUCCAUCUUCAGCUCUCCUGGAACUUCUUGAUCCAGAACAGAAUUUUAACUUUUUGGACCAUUAUCUUGAUGUGCCAGUCGACUUAUCAAAGGUACUUUUUAUCUGCACUGCUAAUGUGACUGAAACAAUUCCUGAACCUCUCCGGGAUCGAAUGGAGAUGAUUAAUGUUUCUGGUUAUGUAGCGCAGGAGAAACUUGCAAUUGCUGAGCGUUAUCUAGUUCCCCAAGCAAUGAAUAGCUGUGGCCUGGAUAAAGACAAGGCACAAAUCACACCUGAAGCACUAACUAUUCUAAUCAAACAGUACUGCAGGGAAAGUGGGGUUCGCAAUCUGCAAAAGCAGGUGGAAAAGGUAUUCCGCAAGGCUGCAUAUAAAAUUGUACAUAAAGAAACUGACAGGGUAGUGGCAACGCCAGAGAACCUCCAUGAUUUUGUUGGAAAACCUAUAUUCACAGUGGACCGAAUGUAUGAUGUCACUCCAUCAGGAGUUGUAAUGGGUUUAGCCUGGACAGCUAUGGGUGGUUCAACUCUCUUCAUUGAAACUUCCCUUCGUCGACCAAGAGAUAAAGAAAGUAAAGAUGGUUCUCUUGAAGUGACUGGUCAGCUGGGAGAUGUGAUGAAGGAAAGUGCAAAAAUUGCCUAUACAUUUUCCAGGGCCUUUCUCAUGCAGAAAGAUCCUACUAAUGAUUUCCUGACUCACUCGCAUAUUCAUCUCCAUGUGCCUGAAGGUGCAACACCCAAGGAUGGUCCAAGUGCAGGCUGUACAAUUGUAACUGCGUUGCUUUCUCUGGCAAUGGAUCAACCUGCAAGGCAAAAUUUAGCCAUGACUGGUGAAGUGUCAUUAACUGGAAAAAUCCUGCCUGUUGGUGGAAUUAAGGAGAAAACCAUUGCUGCAAGACGAGCUGGUGUAAACUGCGUCAUUUUACCAAUGGAAAACAAAAAGGAUUUUUUUGAUCUACCGAAGUUUAUUACAGAGGGCCUGGAGGUGCAUUUUGCUGAACAUUACCAGGAUGUGUAUAAUACAGCCUUUCCAAAUAAAUAAGAUUACUGACCACAGAACAAAUGAUUGAACUGAUCACAAGGUAUUUCUAUAAAUUGCCCUUUUGCAGAAAAACAAUCAGAUGUUAUGUGGUCCAUAACACCACUGGAAGACUUAAAGCAACAAAGCAAAUUGAGUGUGAGGAAAAAUGUACUCAUUUACUAAAGUAUUGUAUCAUAUCUUGGCAUUAAUAAUUUUGUUAAGAAAUUAUUUUAAUAAAUGUACUAGAAUUAUUCAAUUUUGAUAUUAUAGAAUCCUGGAGCAAUUGGAAUCAGUAGAUUAUGAAUAAAUCCUGUAUGAUAGCUACAUAUAUUAGGAAAGCUUCAUAUUAUCUCUAGUUUUUACUAAGUUUAUGUUUUACACUUGGCACAAUUUGAUGAUUGAGAAAAUGUCAACAGGAUACUUAUCUCCAGAGAUGUACAAGUUCUGCUUUGUGUAAGUGAAAUCUGGUCUGUGAUGACUUCUAGUCAAAUUGUUUUUUGAUAUUCACUGAUCAUUUGAGUUGAGGUGCCUGGCAUCUAUGCUCCAUGUCCAGAUAUGAAUUGAUACAUUCAGAAUGGUCUAUUUUAAUUAACUUUUCCGGUUAGUGACAAAUGUGCGUUCUGCAAUGAUGCUGGAAUCAUAAAAUCCCCUCCGCAUUUCCCAGUGAAUCUGUGCUUGAGAAUAAGACACAUUGGAACAGUUGUACUGUUUCAGUAACUUGCUUUGCAUUCAUUAACUUAUUUGGGCAACCACACCCUUUGAUAUUCUAUUAGUUAGCCUUUGAUUCUCUUCUUCAGUUGAAUACAAACUGGAUUGAUUUUAUCAAUCGUUACCUGCAACUGCCUCAGCUGUAGUUAUAGCUAUAAUUAUGUCAGUUUUAUAAAAAGCAAACUGGGAUCUGUUUUCAGUCUGGCAUCUGAAAAUGUAUACUCCACUUAAGAGAAGGGAGUAUUAGUUGGUAGAAUAAUUAGUUUCAGCUGCUACCAAUACUUUUUUUUAUUGUGCUAGGGAACUUGAUGCUUCAAUUUUAACCAAACAGUUGGGAAUAUUUUUGUUUUAAUAAUCAGUUUUUAGUAUAUUACUCGUCUGUGAAAUUACUGAUUUAUAGAUUCCAACUGAAAGUAAGUGAGUUUUGCUGCUGAAUCUGAUUCAGAUUUAUUUCUCACACGUGCAUCAAAAAAAAUUUAAAUGUGCUGUUUGUAUUAGGAAGCAACACUUAUGGGCUGGGGCAGCCUGUAAGCAUUGCCACACAUUCUGGUGCCAACAUUAGCAUGUCUGUGAUGUUCAACACAACACACAAGCAGCAACAGAACAAAAGGUGUUUUCCCAUCCUCACAGGCCUCUAAUCCCAGGAUAGGCCCCCUCCUGCCUCUCAAACUCGCAGAUUAACCCUUCUGUAGGGGUUUCGCUCAUGUCUGUCCCAGUUUGUAAGGACAUAUUCAGCCUUAAUAAUCAGGUUGGAUGGAGCAUUGGAGAUGUGCCUUUAUUUAAAUGAUCAUGGUUACAGCAUUGAAGGAAGCUGUUUGCCAUGUCAAGGUUCUUGCAUUUUCUUUCGGGAUAGCUUCCAUCUCUAUUGAAAGCCUACAAUUCGCUAUCUCUACUGCCCUUGGAAGUAUAUGCUAGAUCCAUUUGCUGUAUUUUUUUUCUAAAUGUGUAUUCCUUUUGACGAUCACAUUAUUUAGUAUCAUUUAAGUCUUGAUACAGCCAUUUGUUUUUGUCUGCACGCCAUAUUAAAGAUUCACCACUUGUGGAGUAAUUAGUACAAGUUGCAGCUCAAGGAAUUUCAGAGUUCAAUUCUGGUGCUCUCAUAAGUUCUCCCCUUAAAUUGGGUGAGUUUCCUCCAGGUGCUCUGGUUUCCUCCCACUGUUUAAAAGACAUACCGGCCUGGUUUAUAGCACAGGCACGUGCUUUUUCUCUGCUCUACUCUGGGAUCAUAGCUCAGGCUUUUUCCUUAUACUUUUAUCAUCCCUUCUCAAACUUUUUUUAAACUUUGGGUUAUACUUUACCUAUCUUAAAUCAUUUGUCAUCUCUUAAGCUGUUCUCCAACUGGGCCUGGCUUGUUUUUCAAAAUCAAAUCCAAUAAAGGUACCAUCCAUCAUAUAUUAAAUGUACUUCACCACAAAUGCAUUGUGAUUCUGAUCUAAUUGCAAAGUUCCUCUAAAAAGCAGGGUCUCCCAGUGACCACACAUUUUAAUUCUACAUCCCAUUCUGCUACAUCUAUCCAUGGCCUCCUCUACUGUCAAGAUGAAGCCACACUGAGGUUGGAGGAACACCACCUUAUAUACCAGCUGGGUAGCCUUCAACCUGAUGGCACAAACAUUGACUUCUCUAACUUCUGUUAAUUCCCCUCCUCACCCCAUCCCUGACAUUUAGUUGUUUUUUCUCUCUCUGCCCAUUCUCCAUCUCCCUCUGGUGCUCCCCUCCCCUUUUCUUUCUCUCUAGGCCUCCCAUCCCAUGAUCCUUUCCCUUCUCCAGCUGUGUAUCACUUUAGCCAAUCACCUUUCCAGCUCUUAGCUUCAUCCCACCCCUUCUGGUCUUCUGCUAUCGUUUCACAUUUCCCCCUCCCCCACUACUUUCAAAUCUCUU